GCGCGAAGCAGCUUCUCUCCUCGACAUCUCCCUUCCCAGUGGAGUACCUCCAGCCAUGGCAUCUGCCCAACUACUCCGAGCUGCAGCCCGGGUCGGUCCUGUUCACCUUCGGCCGGACAGCCGUCGCGGAGAAGGUCAUCCCCAUGCACCAGCUGUCCGAGCUCCCCGCAGAGUCCUACAUCAUUCGUGCCAACACCCAUCUCCUGAAUGACACGGUUGUGCUGGCUGGCGAUGGCACGGCCACCGGCAAGUUUGCCAGCUCCCUGCUUGCGGCUGGCGUCGACCCCGAGGCCUCCCUCGGUGCUGCCUACGCCACUUACGCCAUCCUCGAAAAGAUCGGCUUUGCCUUCCUUCAUCCCCUGGAGCCGGUCAUCCCUACCAACUGGUCCAUCCACCGGACCGUCGGUCUGAAUGAGUCUCGUCAGCCGAACUGGGACACCCGCCUGUGGCAUGUCCAUACCAUGCAUCCUCUCGAACUGACGGACAUGCUGAAUGGCUUCGACAUCCCGCUGACCCGGACGCCGCUGGUUCCUCGGACAGCCAACACCACGCUCCCGGGGACCGGCGCGCGGCAGCUCCGCUACGAGGAGUCCUUCCACUCGAUGCUCACCCGCGACUGGGAGCUCUUCCUGGAGUGGAUCACGGCCAAUCGGCAAAAUGCCGUCGAGUGGGUGCUUCUCCUGUCGCCGGACUGGAUGGAGUUCGGUCUGAGCCCCCUGCGCCAAGAGCGCCUGCGCCAGCUGGUUGACGCGUGCCACGGCUUCGGCAUUGCCUGUGGCUUUGAUGUACCCAUCGCUCUGAUUCAGCAGCACUCCUUUACGAUGAUCGGUCGCCCCGAGGGCCGGAAUGAUGAGAACUAUGACCCGGUCAAGAAGAUGCGCGAAAACAUUGAUUGGUGGCUCGAGGCCGGGGCCGACUUCCUCACCACGGAGAAUGGCUUCUCCGAGUUCACCAAGGGCAGCUGCACGACCAUGCUCAACUGGAUGAACGAGGCAACUGCCUACUUGGCCGAGGCCGGCCGCUCGCUGCACAUCAAGGUCCACAUCUCCAAGAACCAGGUGUGCGAGGAGUUCCUCGACCCGGUCACCGGUCAGCCGCUGAACUUCAACUUCCUGCCGACUUUGGCCGACAAGCGCCUCGGCAUCUUGCCCCACACGGUGCAGAUGUACACCUAUGGCGACCCGGCCCCCACCUAUGCCCAGGAGAGCUUCGACUUCAUGUAUGACUUCAUGUUCGAGGAGAUGCGCAAGGGCGAGCGCGAGGUCGUCUUCUACCCGGAGACCGCCUAUUGGAUCACAUACGACAUUCAGUCCCCCCUGUUCCUCCCCCUCUACGCGUGGAACCGUUUCCGCGACCUGCGUCUCAUCGCUGAGAAGGAGAAGGAAUUCAACACCAAGAUCUCCGGCCAGAUGAUCUUCGAGUCCGGCUGGGAGUGGGGCUACUGGAUCAACAAUGUUGUGGCCGCGCGGGCGGUCUUCGAUCCGCUGCUGCACAUCAACAGCACCACUCUGGCUUUCCAGGAGCUCCUGCGCGAUGCUCUUUACGUGCUGGACUUCAAGCCACUCAAUGCGGCCGGCGGCCUGCCGGAAUUCUGGGCCGAGGCUCGGCGCCCGGUGGGCAUUCCGCCCGUGGUGGACGCCACCAAUGCGGCUCCUGUGGUGGAUCUCCUGUAUCGGUACAUCCUGGAGCAGGACAACCUCCUGGUCCAGGGGAUUGUCAAUGGCAAGCGCCCCUCGGACAUCAUCAAGCGCAAUGGCAUCGCCUACAUCGAGGGCUGGGACACCUUCGCCGACUUCGGGGCCAUGACCGAUGGCUUCAUCUCCACCCAACCCGUGCGCAUGUCCCUGCUGGACUUCCGCCGCGAUCCGCCGAAGACCGACAACCCGGACUAUCUGUCCGAGAUCCGGCCGCUGCUGGUUGCCAUGGACGUCGUCUUCAACGACUACACCAAGCGCAUGGCCUCGCUGCUCUCGCGCAUCUCGCCUCUUGGCCGCUCGCUGGUCGAGGAGAUCGUCGACUCGAUGGAGAUCACCGCCGUCCGGGCCCUUCAGGUCCGGGCCCUCUUCGACUAUGCGUCCACUUGGUCCGAAGGAAACACCGGCCGCCGGAAGGCCUGGCUGUCGGAGGCCGAGGCUGCCAUGGAGGUUGCCAAGACCGUUCUCAACAUCCGCCAAGGGCAAUACCGCACGCCGCUCGAGCGCAUUGCCGGCUGGCGCCGCAACCCAACCGUUUACCUCAACACCUACCUGUGGCCGGCCAAGUCCAUGAUCUACUUCUGGCGCGAUUACGACCAGGCGCGGUAUCUUUCGCACGACGUCACCUCCCCGUGCUACAUGAACUACAUCAACCCCAUCGUUGUGGCCUUCGGCGAGGGAGAUCUUCACGAUCUUUUGGUCAAGCUCCGUAAGUUGGCCGAUCGCAAGGACCCGGGCAACCACUACUGGCUGGAUUGCGCGACGGCUCCGCUGAAGGAGCCUACCUACCCGCUGCCGGUGUCCGGGGCGUACACUCGCUGGAGUGACUUCUUCUUCCGCGAGGCUGACGCCGCUUAAGAAGGCGGGUGUCACUCCCUGUGGCCUUUCUUUCCCCCGUCGGCCUGCGCCUCUCUGGGGCUCAAUGCACCACCAUCUGGCCUAUGCAAGUGGUGGACCCCUCCUCAGGGGGGAGGAGAAUGAAGGAGGGGGUGCCGAGGGGACAUUCCGCUCCCCCCUCCCUACACCAGCUACCACACAUACAGGAAGUUUACUGUCCGCAUUGGUACCACAACAGAAUGUAGCUCUCCCCCGAAAAAGAAGAGGAGCAAGGCCGUGAUCGAGGAGGGGAAACAAA